AGGAAUAAAAAAGACAGCUUCAAACGUCGUAUAGCAUUCGAGAUCUGUUCGUAGACAUAAGUGCAUGUGAAUAGAAACUGCGAUGCAAUCAGUAUUGCUAAACUAUUAUCCAGAGUGAAGCUGUCUUAAAAGUAAUCUAAGGAAAUGAAUAAGCUGGCAACUUUGCUGUUGUUGCUUUUUCUCUGUCACCAUGGAAUUGUUUGCAACGUUAAUUCUGCAGCUAUGCCCCAACCUUCUGUAGACGAAUUGUGGAAAUCGUUACUUUUUAACUACAGCCGUCUCGAACGUCCAACGUUUAGAGGUGAUCCAGUUACAGUAGAAGUGUCAAUGUACAUUCUGGACAUACCAAAAGUGAAUAUCAAGACAAUGAGUUUCGAGAUGGAUUUCUACUUCCGUAUGAGGUGGCAUGAUGAUCGACUUCGUUGCGAAUUAUUUGCAGAUCUAGAGUAUAUCGAUGUUCCAUAUAAAAAGGAAAUCUGGGUCCCUGAUCUCUUCUUUGUAAAUGCUCAAGAAGUUCACAAUCCCAAUUCUAAUUUUCUUCUGAGGUUAUAUAAGGAUGGACGUGUGCUAUACAGCACGAGAUAUGUCAUUCGUGCUCGGAGUAUCAUGGACUUUAAAAAUUUUCCUACUGACGAAAACAUGAUCAGACUUGACAUUGAAUCUUAUGCUUACACAUCUGAUAAAAUGAUGAUAAAAUGGCAAUCAAAACAGUCACUUGGAUUGAACUCGGAACGAAUAACUGAUUUUAUCAUUAAGAAUUUGACGACCAGGGAAAGUGUUAUUCAUUUGAGUACGGGAAGCUAUUCUCGUGUCUACGCUCAGAUCACAUUGAAAAGAAGAGGUCAGUUAUACAUAAUAUCAGCGUAUCUUCCUCUCAUUGUCGUGGUUCUCAUGUCCUGGUUGUCCUUCUGGAUAAAUCCAAAGUUGAUAAUUCUUCGUCUUGGACUUCUGGUGACACUUUUGUUAUUGGCUGCUCUCUGUGUGUUGGGGUUUGAUACUGAACUUCCGAAACUGGCAUACGCUACGUCAUUAUCCAACUGGAUCUCUCUUCAUUUUGUGUUCUUGUCCUCAGCCUUGGUAGAGUUUAUGUUGAUUCACAUGAUCUGGGGACGAAGAUCUAUACAAUAUUUACAAGAACACGAGAUUGAAGACAAAGUGGAAGGAGAAACAGAAUCGACUUGUCAGAAGUUUCGUAACUGUUUAUGUGGGACCAGUAGCCGUUUGGAUCUUGCUUCAAGAGUUUUAUUUCCUGGUUUCUACAUCCUCUUCAACAUCAUUUACUGGGUCGCCUGACCAGAUUAUACUGCAUUUAUCAGGAAUAGAUGACAACGAUCGACGUCAUACAGAUAUUAUGUUUAUUACCGAUAGCAGUCACAAUUUUGUAAAAUCUUUGGAGACUUGCAUACGAUUUUAAAAUAUGAAAAUUAAAUCUUUCUUUAUUAAUUGUCUAUGGAAGGCAUGGUUAACACGUUCAAAAUAGAACCUACUAACCUAAAGUUAAGUGAUAUUUCUUAAAACAAAUGUUGAAAACAUUAAGAAUGUCAGCAUAUAAAAUUAUUAUAUAAAUUUUCACAAUGCUUAAUUUUCUUUUCGUCAGGUCAAAAUACCUGAUAAUACUUAGAAAAAAUUGGACUAAAAUUUGUUAGUAUUUGUCCGUGUUCUAACUAGAGAGAUAUUUGUUAUAAUAUCGUACUUUAAAGAAUAAUACUAUCCUGCUUUUCAAGAAUAUUUAAUUUUGUUUGUUUUCUAUGACUUGUAUUAAAGAAAAAACUUAUAUUGUUUGAUAUAUUAUGCAUUAUUUACAGAGAUUCAUAUAUCUGUUCAUACACAUUUAUUUUUAUUUGCUUGUUUUUCACUCAAAAUAAUCUUAAAAUAAGUAUUAAAUGUACUGUGAAAAAUGCCUUUGUCUUCCUCAAGUGUAAGAAAUAAUUAUUUCAAAGUGGCAAGUAGUUUUAUACUUUGUUUGUUUUUGUAGUAACCACAUGAAGCAUGCUUGAAGUAUUUCUUCAUCAUGUAUUCCUUUUCUUCAGACAUGCAAAACAAUAAUACAUAUUGUUAAGAGCUUAAGACUUACUUUGACUUGUCUUUGAAUCAUAUGUAAACAGGUAAUACAUAACUAAAGUUAGUAUACAUGUCCUUAUGUUUUAUUGGUAGAGGUAAUUUAAUUGUGAACAUGUUUUAAAAUACCUUAAGUUUCGAUAGCAUUUAAAUUCAGAGUGAAUAUUGUAAUUAAGGGGUACUAAAACUUAAUUUUUAAUCUACAGUUGUGCUUAUGUCAGUGCUUCUUAAGUGCUUCUGCCAGUACAAAUUAUCAUUAUUGGACAACAGAUUGAAACUUUUUGUAUAUUUCAAUGUUGUUGUUUUUCCCUUGAAGUUUCUAAAAUAAAAUAUGCUACAUUAUGAUUAA